GCGCGCUGCGACCCGAGGGCACGGUGGAGCAUCGCUCGCCCGCCCCAGAGCGCCCGUCUUAAGCCGGGCAGGCGCGCUGCAGCCUCCCUCAGGGCUAGCCUCGGCAGGCAGGGGCGCUCGCUCGCUCGCUCGCUCGCACUGCACUCCCAAGUCCCGCGCGGCGCGGCAGGCGGCCGAAGGACGCGCUUUCUGGAGCUGCAGAGUGACAGUUUGGGAAGAAGCCCAAACUUCCUGUCAGUGCAGGGCUUGUGGCUUUCCUCAGGUUCUGGUCAGAAGGCUGAGCUAUGAAGUCUUACACUACAUAUUUCAUGCUCCUAUGGAGUGCUGUUGGAAUAGCAAGGGCUGCCAAAAUCAUCAUCGUGCCGCCAAUUAUGUUUGAAAGCCAUUUGUACAUUUUCAAGACGCUAGCAUCAGCCUUGCACGAGAGAGGCCACCACACGGUGUUCCUCCUCUCAGAAGGCAGAGACAUUGCCCCAUCUAAUCACUACAGCCUCCAGCGGUACCCAGGGAUCUUCAACAGUACCACCUCAGAUGCUUUCCUGCAGUCUAAAAUGCGGAAUAUUUUCUCUGGGAGACUGACAGCAGUUGAACUGGUUGAUAUACUAGACCACUACACUAAGAAUUGUGACAUGAUGGUUGGCAACCGAGCCCUAAUCCAGGCUUUGAAAAAAGAAAAAUUUGACCUGCUACUUGUGGACCCCAAUGAUAUGUGUGGAUUUGUGAUCGCUCAUCUUUUAGGAGUUAAAUAUGCUGUAUUUUCUACUGGCCUUUGGUAUCCUGCUGAAGUAGGAGCCCCUGCUCCUUUAGCUUAUGUCCCAGAGUUUAACUCACUCCUCACAGACCGCAUGAACUUCCUGGAAAGGAUGAAAAAUACUGGCGUUUACCUCAUUUCCAGACUGGGGGUUAGCUUUCUGGUUCUUCCCAAAUAUGAGAGGAUAAUGCAGAAGUAUAACCUGAUGCCUGCGAAGUCCAUGUAUGAUUUGGUUCAUGGGUCCAGCCUAUGGAUGUUGUGUACUGAUGUAGCACUGGAGUUUCCAAGACCCACCCUGCCUAACGUUGUGUACGUUGGAGGAAUCCUAACAAAGCCGGCCAGCCCACUGCCAGAAGAUCUGCAGAGUUGGGUAAAUGGUGCUCAGGAACAUGGCUUUGUCCUGGUGUCUUUUGGAGCUGGUGUGAAGUAUCUGUCAGAAGACAUUGCAUACAAACUGGCUGGUGCUCUGGGGAGAUUGCCUCAAAAAGUGAUUUGGAGGUUUUCUGGAACUAAACCAAAGAAUCUAGGAAACAACACGAAGCUCAUAGAAUGGUUGCCGCAGAAUGACCUGCUUGGUCAUUCAAAUAUCAAAGCCUUCCUAAGCCAUGGUGGUUUGAACAGCAUUUUUGAAACUAUGUAUCAUGGUGUCCCUGUAGUGGGAAUUCCACUUUUUGGAGACCAUUAUGAUACUAUGACUCGAGUACAGGCAAAAGGCAUGGGGAUCUUGUUAGAAUGGAAAACAGUUACUGAAGGAGAGUUGUAUGAUGCCCUGGUGAAGGUUAUCAAUAAUCCAAGCUAUCGGCAGAGGGCUCAGAAGUUAUCAGAAAUUCAUAAAGAUCAACCUGGCCACCCUGUCAAUCGGACUACCUAUUGGAUAGACUACAUUCUUCGCCAUGAUGGAGCCCAUCACCUCCGUUCAGCUGUUCAUCAGAUUUCUUUCUGUCAGUAUUUUCUACUGGAUAUUGCCUUUGUGCUUUUGCUUGGUGCUGCCUUGUUCUACUUCAUUUUGUCCUGUGUGACAAAAUUUAUCUAUAGAAAAAUCAAAAGUCUGUGGUCUAGAAAUAAGCAUAGCACAGUCAAUGGACAUUACCAAAAUGGAAUCCCCAAUGGCAAAUACAAAGGAAAUGGUCAUAUUAAACAUGAAAAGAAGGUAAAAUGAGCUAACAACCCAGGUUAUGGGAACAAAUCUGUUCGGUCAUUGAGUUUGAAUUGCUAUACUUUAGUCUAACAGCUACUAAAACUAAAUGUCAGCAAACAAUUCUAAUACUCCCUCAUCAGACCUUACUAAUGAAAUGCCAUGGAUAAGAUAUCUGUAAAGAGCACAACCCUAAAUGCAUAAAUGUAUUUUAUUCAAAUACUGAUGCAGAAAGUUGGCACUGAACCAUUUAGAAGCCUUAAUUAUUUAAAUCAAUUAAGUGAUUGUGUCAGACCUUAAAUGUUACAUGUCUAUUAUAGAUGAAGAAUGGUGUCUUUUUUCUUAGUAAGAUAUGUGUAUGUGUGUUUCCUAUUCCUAUAUCAGUGAGUUUUGGCUUGUAUUUGUUGAAAGUACAACAUAUUCGGGAAUGGAGUAGGAAGACAGGACCCAAAUGUUUCUCUGCCAGUGUUUAACAUAUGUGAACUUUGAAGUCUACCUUCAACGACUGUUUCCCUCAAAAUUCAAAGGGGGCAAGUGAAAAGAUGGGUGGCACAAUUUUUGUGUUUUUGUUUAUUAUAGAUUUUUUAUUUGUUUGUUUUGUAUAUGUCCUUCCUACUGACUAUGGAUUCUUGUGGAGGAAAACAUGUAAUGAAGUAAAUGAAUGAAUUGUUUUUCACAUUUUGCUUAUAUUUUUCUCCUACCAUAAUUUUUCUCUGGAAGAAUUUUCUAAUUUUCUUGUCUUGUUUUAGUAAGUAACAUGUUAACAUAUAAUUAAGACAAAGCAACAAAGCUUACUUUUGUUCAGAGUACUAAAGAUUAUUGCUCACAUGGCACUUGGAAGCAGGGCCAUUGUUUGAAUGUUUAUGUGACUAUUGGAUAUUCCAUAAUUUAAGUUUUGAAUAUUCAGGUGUCACCAUUCUAAAAUUUUAACUUUAAAAUACCACCUUUCAUUCCUUAUAUUGUCUGGGUCACACAAUCUAGUACAUAGGUGCCAACAUAUGAUUCUUUUAAGCAGAACAUUUAUGAAUCUCCUGAUUGGUACCUGCUUUGUCUGCAGGGGUUUGAAGUUUUGUCAGUAAAUCAGACUCUACAUGCUACACAGAAGUGACAGGAAUUGUACCACCCAUUUGUGCAAAUGAAUUCCAUUCCCUCACUCCAUCAGCCCAAUUCAGCAGCCUUUGAUGUCACUGUGUCUGACAUGGGACAGUGACAGUAUUCAUUUGGAACAGGGAGAUGAGUUACAACCUUCACAAAAUCAGGACCUCCCUGUUGAGCCACUUACUAGAUGACAACUGUAGGCCUAUUCCAUGUCACUCUGUUUACUGAGCAUUUGCACUACACAUGCAGAGUAUGUGCUUUAUUUAUUUGUGGUUGGAAAUCCCACAUUUGACACUUGAGAGUAGAGAAAUGAAAUAUUAACAUCAUUCACUAACAUGGAAGAGUUGUGAAAAAUCUAGAAUGCUGUAAAUCCUUGUCAUACACUAUGACAUACAACUUUAUGACACUCCCACCAGGAGCCACUCUCAUAUACUUAGAAGUAAUAUCAUCAAUAGUUUUCUAAUGCACAAUGCAUAAAAUGUACUGCUUUCUGAAUACUUGAAGAAAUGGUAUAUAUACAAACCUGUUAGUUACACCUUUUCACAAUCUUAUCACAAUGUUGCCAUUAAGAGGAAAAAAGUCAGGCAGUGAAUGGUGGGAUGGUAGCAGGACAUAGAGUGUAUGAAUGAGUUGAUUCUACAUUUUGGCAUUUGAUGAAGUUGACAAUAGGCACUAACUGGAUGAUUAAGCAUAAGUUAAUUUCCACUGUGAUUUAAAAAAAAAGACUUAAAACAAUAAACAAAAUUGAAAAUAGAGAAAUGUUGUUGGAAUAAAAUUUUUAUUCAGAUUUUUAUUUCACAGUAUUAUAUAUAGGUAUAUUUAGAUUAUAAACAUGUUUCUAAGACCUCCUUACUUUUGUAUGUGUAUAUGAGUGUGAAAACAAUGUAUUAAAUGCGAUAAUGUAUUUAAUAAAAAUUAAAUGCAGGGAUUUA